AUGGCCGAUGUGGAUGAGGAAGAAGAGGAUUUCGUUUAUCCAUUAUCCCUCAAAAUAUGCUGGACAGUGGUAUUCGCAACGACUGCAGUUGCCAGCAUACUAAUCUCGCUCUACAUUGUCGUAAAGUGGCGUAAGCUAAGUAAGCAUCAGAGCUAUCUCAUAUUCUUCGUAUGGACACUUUUUGGGAGUGCGCUGAUCCAGUUCGAUAGGUUAACAGACAUGUGGGGGUGGUUGUCGUGGGAUUACUGGUCUUGGGGCUUCUAUGCCUUUGGCCAAAAUCUGCUGGUUGCACCUGAGCUUGAAGAAGCAUAUGGACAGGCAGCUUUGCAUUGGGAAUACGUGGAUGUUAUUAGCAACGCAGUGUUCACUUUAAUCGUCUUCCGGGUAUGGUACAAGCACAUUCGGAUCAUGUGGAUUCGUGACUUUGGCGACGGAUUCCCGAGCCAUACCAGCGCCUCGGAUUACUUUAACACGGACACUGGUAUGGGGAAUACGAUACAGAGCGGGUUUAACAACGGUCUUCGUAGAAUAUCGAAUGCGGGUAUCUAUGUGGUCGGUACAGUCAGUGGAACUAUGCGCAGACGAGCAACCACUACUAAUUUAAAAUCUACAGACGACACUAUAGUGGAAAACCCCAACUCUCUCUCUCACGACCGUGCCUUGACCAUCGCCAUAGGGGGGGUCAGAGCAAGAGCCAUGACCAGCAUGUGCAUGACACAUAAUACAGUAAUGCCGGAAGAUGCACUGAUUGAAGAAGCGGACGAAGACUUCAACAAAGAGCGUAGAUGGAGCCGUUUAUCCAAGUGCUUAUCACACCCCAGCAGAAGCUCACAGCAAUACGAGGUCAAUCAGUUCAGAGACUUGGACUUCGACGCGUUUACGGCUGCUCCUACUUCGAGUGUGGGCACCUUCCUGGGAGAGAGUAUCAGAAGCAUUGGCAGGCGAUUGUCCACUACGCGACAAUUAUCGAUGAGAAGUCUGCGAUCGACCACACUUGAAGGAACACAGAAUGCGAACCCCGAUAGAAGGGCACAGUCACUUCCUGACAUUUUAUAG